CAUGCCAUGCACACAUAACUCAGAUAGAUAAGAAAAAAUUUUGGACAUCUAAAUAUUACAUCAGAAAUUAGGAAAAGGGAAAAAUACACUCAAUCUUGCUUCCCAAAUUUAGACAACGGAAAUCCCCUGCUUCAUACCGCUUCACAGUGUAAAGGGUACUUAAGCAACACAGAGGAGACACAUGCACACAGUAGCAUCAACAGAAAGAGAAACAUUCAGCGUGGCGGUGCACUGCAAAGAAUUACUCAGCUACAUAUUAACAGUCAGAACGGGGACCAGAAGCAUUUUAAGUUGACAGAAUAAUGAUGAAUCAAACAAACCACACCGAGGAUGUCUUCUCCUGCUACAGUCCUUCUGUUGAAGGAUACCGGUACUUCGCUGUGCUGUGGGGAUGUGCUGUAACCAUCACGGGUACGGUCGGGAACCUGAUGACCGUUCUGGCUUUCGCUUUAGACUCACGUCUGAGGACUCGCUUCAAUGUGCUCAUUGUCAACCUGGCUGUCGCUGAUCUCUUGUACUGCACCAUCCUGCAGCCCAUCUCCGUCGACUCCUAUCUACACCUCAGGUGGCGCAGUGGUCAUUUGUGGUGCAGAAUCUUCGGCCUGCUCCUCUUCCUCUCCAACUCGGUCUCCAUCAUUACCCUCUGCCUGUUAGCAGUGGGCAGAUAUCUCCUGGUUGCAAAGAGAGCUGUGUUUGACCGUGUUUUUUCUAACCACGGUCUUACUUUACUCAUCAUCUUUGCAUGGGCGCUCGGCCUGGUCAGCUUUGGUCCACUCUGGUCUGUCUAUGUGUUUGUGCCACAGGUGUGCACAUGCAGCUUCCAUCGUACAGAGGGUCGUCCUUACACCACCAUCCUGCUAUUUUUUUAUUUUUUUAUUGGUCUGGGCUUUGUUGGUGCAUUCUACCUGCUAAUUUACAAAAAAGUUCAGGCUGCAUCACAAGCUCUGCUCCGCUACAGACUCAGCCGCCGGUCAUCCAAGACAAAACCAGCAUCUUCAGUUCAAGGGACCGACGACAGCGGUGUGGAGAGUGGCAUAAAGACAUGCACCUCUGAUCUGAGCAGCCAAGAAAUAUCCCAAAACAUGGAUGUGAAAAAUCAAGAUGUGACCUGUGAAAAGUCUUCCUUUUCCACCACAAGCAAUGACACAGCCUUAAAUUCAUCAGCAGCAAAGAAGCCUUCCACUGAUAUCAUCGAAAAACCACUUACAACCACACCUGCUAAAACAGCUCACUCAUCGCAUUCUGCAACCUCAGGGGAUGACAGUGAAUUCAAGCGUGUGACACGGAUGUGCUUCACUGUUUUCCUCUGUUUUGUGUUCUGCUUUGUCCCAUUUCUGUUGCUGAACAUAGCCGACAAACAGAACCGCGCCCCGCAGGUAUUGCACAUGUUCUGUGCCAAUCUCACCUGGCUCAACAGCUGCAUUAACCCUGUGCUGUAUGCCAUCAUGAACCGCCAGUUUCGACAGGCCUAUCAUGUGGUGCUCAGUAAGGUGGCGGCUCCUUUUACCCGCCUCUACGGCAGGUAAAACGUGUCGCUACUAGAUCCUGAUUCCUUGGAACUGAAAUUUGCCCGACAUACAAAACUGCUUUUGUGAUUCUUCUUAUUCAUGUUACAUUACAGCUCUUUAAUACGCACAAAAAUCUUAACUAUUAUAUUUUUAUAUGUUGUCAUCCUUAAAUGGAAGCUGUUGUACUUUGUAUAUACCCAAAACAGAACAUGUGUUUUUGUUAUGUAAUAAAUUAUAUUUUGUGAUACAUUUUA